AUGGUCGCAGAAUCUGGAAGGAGCUCCUCGAUUAGCUCAUGUGGCAGUGUCAAUGAUUUCGUUAAUGCCGGCAAGAUGCAUCGACGCGACACCUUCACAGGAGAGAAUAACAUGGACGACGAGAGAAAGAAUAGUGAGGAAGCACUGAAAGGCUCUGAAGUCUUUAAUAGGUGUUCAGUCGAUUUGCCCGUUCGCAAAGUAUUGCAACAGACGCAAAGAGCGAGGUGGUGGAAGGUCUAUCUCAUGCAUUUUCUCUUCAUGUGGAAUUCGCGGACCUACGAAUAUGCUUCGAUAUUUCUAGUCGCGUCAGCUUUCCCUAAGAGCCUUACUCCUACUUCAAUCCGGAGGUUGGCAUCCACCAUCUCAGCGCUCCUCUGCUCCUCUGCAGUAGGUAGCUGGAUUGAUAAGUCGCCGUCACGGCUCCGUACUCUGCUCAUAACCAUAUGUGUCAACCAUACCGCAAUUUUAGCUGCAUAUCUCUGUUGGCUUCGCUGCCCAACGGAUCCUGAUGAUAGCUCCCAAGUCAAAGGGACACCAUUUUCAGACCUCGCAAAAGGUAUGCUUUUUGGAGGUAUAUUAUUCCUGGAUAUUGUCCAUGACCUUAGUGCAAUAGGCUAUAGGCUUUCUUUGGAACGAGACUGGGUGCCUGUUCUCGUAGGGCAGAUUACUGCCGAGAUGGACUUUAGCCUCACACAGGUCAACUCAGUCAUGAUGCGGAUAGAAUUAAUUUGUAAACUUCUAGCACCAUCUCUCCUACCCCUGAUAGUCAAAUCGUUCAAUUCACCGACUGGCUGGAUUUUGGCGAUUGCUGCAUCUACGAUCUCCUUCUGGGCUUUUGGUGUCUACUGUGUCCAGGUCAUUGCGCGGGGUAAUGUCCAGCUUCAACUACCAAAGCAAAUUUUCACCUUGCUGAAUGGAGCACGCCAAUUCUCCACUGAGGAUACCUUCACCUUUCCUCAACUUCCAUCGCGAUCCUGGCCUAGGAAAUUAUAUGGGUUUAUGUACCGUGAUCCCGUCACGCGCUUGAAGCAUUACUUUUCGUUCCCAAUAUGGCCCGCCUCGAUUGCGAUUGCCCUGCUGCAACUUACAGUACUUGCAUACUCUGCAACGCUCAUCAACCAUCUACUGGAGAUUGGGUUCUCGCUGUCUGCUAUCACCGUCGCCAGGGCAUCGGGUUCUAUUCUUGGGCUUUUGAGUACCAUUAUUACUCCUACAGCCGUCGCCUAUCUGAAGAAAAGAUAUAUCCGAAAGCUAUCGCCCAUGAGAAAGCGGAAUGAAGAGGACGAUAAGGCAGCCGAGGCAGCUGUUACAAGAACGGUUGGAUUCUGGGGUCUCGCUUCACAAUUUCUAUGCUUGAUUCCAGUAGUUAUUUUGUUUUGGAAUGCCUCGGAUAGAACGAUGGGCGAUCAUGAAACGGUUGCUUCACCGCAUGUCUUGAUUACUAUCACGCUGUUUGCCUUCCUAUCAUUGUCACGCGUCGGCCUCUUCGCAAACUACCUCAUGGUCCAAGAAUUGGGACAAGUCGAGAUACCGGUAUCGCAGAGAUCUACGUUUGCUGGCGUGGAACAGUCUUUCAAGAGCCUCGGCGACCUAUCCUACUGGUUGGCAACAAUAGUUUGGAGUCAGCCAGAAGACUUCCGAUGGUUGGCUCUUGGAAGCUUUUUGGUCACUGGCUUGAGCGCCGGGUUGUUUGGAACAUGGGUACGCACUAAGAAGUCAAGUUUUGAAGGAAGAGGAGGCAAGUAUCAGAAAUACCUUUGA